CGUCAGUCAAAGUCUCGGAUCGCGGGCGGAUUUCCUCCAUUCUACGUACAUACAUUGUAGAAGACUGAGUAGGGCGGCCUCUCUCGACUGGCUCAAAGAAUAUGGCCUCGUCUUCCAGCUUGCAGUCGUCUCUCAGGACAAGCUUGCGAACGAUCUUUGCUCAAAGCCGACCCGUAUGUUUGCACAGGCAGAGACUAUCUAGGCCCGCCGUCAGCAGCAGGAGGGCCAUAAGCAGUUAUGGCUACACGCAGGCAAAGGCGCUCGUCUAUUCCAAAUAUGGCGAACCGCAAGAUGUGCUCUCCUUGCACGGCCACUCGAUAUCUCCCGCGGCCGGAACAAGCGUAGUGCUGCGCAUGCUCGUCGCGCCGAUCAACCCGGCCGACGUGAACCAGAUUCAAGGUGUCUAUCCUGCGAAGCCGGAAAUGACUAUUGCAUUGGGGACAAAGGAACCAGCCGCAGUAGGUGGUAACGAAGGGGUGGCAGAAGUCAUCAGCACCGGCUCGGGAGUCAAGAACCUGAAGCGAGGUGACUGGGUCAUUAUGAAGAGUACCGGGAUGGGCACAUGGCGGACACACAUGGCAGUUGAUGAAAGUCAGUUGUUGAAGAUUGACAACAAAGAAGGCUUGACGCCAUUGCAAGUCGGCACCGUGUCCGUCAACCCUUGCACGGCGUAUCGUAUGCUCCUCGAUUUCGCCCAGUGGGGGUUCCGUGGGGACGAAUGGUUCAUCCAGAACGGAGCCAAUAGUGGCGUUGGUCGAGCAGCCAUCCAACUAGGGAGAGAAUGGGGCAUCAAGAGUAUCAAUGUCAUUCGAGGCCGGGAGAACAAGGAGGAAGAACAGAAACUUCGUCAAGGUCUGCUGGAUAUUGGUGCGACCAAAGUCAUCACCGAGGAGGAACUCAUGGGGCGAGAGAUCAAAGAUCAAAUCAAGGAAUGGACACACGGUGGCCGCGAGCAGAUUAAGGUCGGCCUGAACUGCGUCGGAGGAAAGAAUGCCACGGCAUUGGCCAAGUUCUUGAGUCCAGGCGCGACAAUGGUCACCUAUGGCGCAAUGAGCAAACAGCCGUUGUCACUGCCGGCUUCGCUGCUGAUCUUCAAGGAUAUCAGGUUUAAUGGCUUUUGGGUGAGCAAGUGGAGCGACCGACAUCCUGAUCAAAAGAAGCAGACUGUUGAUGAUGUGCUUCGCAUGACGAGAGAGGGCAAGUUUAAGGACAUCCCAGUGCAGGAAUGCCGGUGGGGCUGGAAGACGGAUCUCGACACUUUGAAGAGCGCCGUCCAGGGUACGUUGGGAGGCUUCAGGCCUGGAAAAGGGGUGUUUGUGUUCGAAGAGACUUGAAGCGCUCAAAAGUACAGUAUUUGCUCUUUGGAUCUACAGGUAAAUUAGACAUCAACACGAUCUUGCCUCGAGUGAAAUGACUUGUCAGGGUGGUCUUGUAUAUGAAGAAGCAUAAUGAUACUAUACCUGUCGUAUUUCUGUGUCUAGUUGCACCCUGGUGAAAGCCGGGAGGAUUUCCUAUGUCGAUGCUCCACCUCCGCUGUACUCAUUCGAGUAUCGCUGACUAAUCGGGCAAGCCGGCGAGGCUCCAGAUUCUUGGCCAAUGAAAUACAGUUCAAUGCA